AUGCAACUAUAUGAGCUUACAGAGAGUCCAGAAUCAGGAUACGUCAAGGGCGUCGUUCGGCGCUUUGCCCAGUCUUCGAAUGACCAUCGUGGGACGCCCGAGUUGCCUGGGAGGGUUGUGACGGUGGUGGAGGCGCCGGUGUGGCAUCGUCUGGAGGGCAAAGAAACUGAAGAUGGACAAGUGCUGGCAGACGAUUAUGUAUGGGGUGUAGCAUACCGGAUAGACCCCGAGAAAGAGCCAAAAGUGCAAGCUUACAUGGGCGAGUACAUCCUUAACGGCUACACCUGCCACCACGUCCCAGUGUACGGUCUCUCGGCAGACGGCAAGCAAGAGCACAUUGUUGUUCAAGAUUCGACGAUAUGGAUAGGAAAGCCUGAUGAUCCUGCAUUCGUUGGAUACGAACCAUUAGACAAGAUAGCACAAACGAUAGCCGUCCGCUCGGGGCCUUCUGGACCCAACAAAGAGUACUUGUACAAACUCGCAGAGAGCGUCAAGAACCUCUAUCCACAUGUCAGGGAUGACUAUCUGUUUGCUCUGGAGAACAAAGUCAGAACAUUGGACCUCGUUCAAGCAUAG